AUGGAGUGUGUCGUCUCAAGUACAGAGGACAAAUCACGAACGGGAAUACUGAAUCUUGAUCUUCUCAGUUGCCCUAUUUGCGUCGAGCCAUUCACUAUUCCUAUCUUCCAGUGUGAUAAUGGGCAUUUAGCUUGCUCCUCUUGCUGUCCCAAACUGCGUAAUAAAUGCCCUUCCUGUGCUUGUCCUAUUGGCCACAGUCGUUGCAGAGCGAUGGAGACUGUUCUUGAAUCGACCUCUAUCCCAUGCCAAAACGCCGAGUUUGGAUGCACCCAGAAAUUGACACAUGGGGAAGAAUCAACUCAUGAAAAGACAUGUACUUUCUCUCCAUGCUCCUGCCCUGUACAAGAUUGCAAUUACACUGGUUCAUGCAAGGAUCUCUACGUUCACUAUAAAAACAUUAUCCAUCAGAACCCCCAGUCAACAUCACAGCGCUAUAGGGUCCGUUGUGACAACUCCUUUAUUGUCAAGAUGAAAAUCAGUGAUAAUUUACUAAUUGGUACGUUGUAUGAGAAGAGGCUAUUGUUUACAGUUCAGAGUUUCAGGAAGCCUUAUGGUGUGUAUGUUACUGUAAGCUGCAUUGCACCAUCUUCUCCGAAAGUAGGAAGGUUCUCAUAUUAUAUAUCUUAUACUAUGGAUGGACACACUAUAAUUUACGUAUCAACCGAGUUGAAGAAGAUCCAGAGAGUGAGCCUUCAUACACCUCAAGAAAAUUACAUGUUGAUUCCUAACAGUUUACUGCAUGGUGAAUCGUUGGAGAUGAGGCUGUGCAUCCAGAAUUUUGACCCGAAGAAAAAAAGAAUUAAAACAAAACGAUAUAGAAGGUCCUCAUCAAAAGUGAAAAGUAUUAUUGAAGUAAGCUCUUAA